AUGGCUUCCAAAACUCUACUCCACAUUACUUCAUUUGCAUUGGCAUUGCUUCUUGUGCUUGGAUUCUUAGCUUUUGAGGCCAAUGCUCGCACUCUCGAAGAUGCUUCAAUGCAUGAGAGGCAUCAGCAAUGGAUGACUCAGUAUGGAAAAGUUUACAAGGACUCUUACGAGAUGGAGUUGCGGUACCAGAUAUUCAAAGAAAAUGUGAAACGCAUCGAAGCCUUUAACAAUGCUGGAAACAAGUCUUACAAGCAAGGCAUCAACCAAUUUGCUGAUCUCACAAAUGAGGAAUUCAAAGCCAGAAACAGAUUCAAGGGAUGUUGCUGGGCAUUUUCUGCUGUGGCAGCAACAGAAGGUAUCACCAAGCUGAGUACUGGCAAAUUGAUCUCUUUAUCCGAGCAAGAGCUAGUUGAUUGUGACACAAAGGGUGUGGACCAAGGUUGUGAAGGGGGUCUAAUGGAUGAUGCCUUCAAAUUUAUAAUGCAAAACAAAGGACUCAACACAGAAGCCAAGUACCCAUACAAGGGUGUUGAUGCAACAUGCAAUGCAAAUGCAGAAGCCAAAGAUGCAGCCAGCAUUAAGGGGUUUGAGGAUGUCCCUGCCAACAGUGAGAGUGCACUGCUCAAAGCUGUUGCUAAUCAACCUAUUUCUGUGGCUAUUGAUGCUAGUGGAUCUGAGUUUCAAUUUUAUUCAAGUGGUGUCUUCACUGGAUCAUGUGGCACUGAAUUGGAUCAUGGUGUCACUGCUGUUGGGUAUGGAAGUGAUGGUGGAACCAAAUAUUGGUUGGUCAAGAAUUCAUGGGGAGAACAGUGGGGCGAACAAGGAUACAUUAGGAUGCAGAGAGAUGUUGCUGCUGAAGAAGGCUUGUGCGGCAUUGCAAUGCAGGCUUGUUACCCCACUGCAUAG